UGCAUGAUGUCAUACAUUGAGUUUCGUGAGGUCGUCUCCUGUAAAUAAUAUAUCGGCAUAGCUGUAGUGAUACACUGUAUUAUUUCACAUAUUUUCGCAUGGAGAGCAGACCUAAAUGCUGAUACUGUCGAGGUUGGCAGUCCUCUGCCAGCCCGCGUGCUAUCGCUUAGCCCACUAGGCUAACUUUAGCGUAUUACUUAGCUGGUUUAGCUAGCCAUUUAGCUAAUCAGAGGUUAUUUCGGGAGGAUUCUAGCUUGUUUCCAGAGGCCUGAUGAGAUGAACAUUUGAAAUGACAGUCACCUGUAUUCUCUAACUGAACGGACGCGUAUCAAAAGGUCAAGCUUGCCUUGAUGUUGGACCUUCCGCCUAGCAUGCAGCCAUGAGCUCUGCCCUGUGGAGCCAGGAGAAGCCCAGUGGGGGCUUCAGGGAGGACUGGCGCUUCUACAUUGUCAUAAAGGAGUGUACGGUGGAGAAGCCUCCCCAGAAGACCCUGAGGAUCCCCCGCGGCAGUCUUGGCCAGGCCUGCCAGGAGCGCAACAGCCUCGGCAGAACUCUGCCCCCGUGCAAGGGCAAAAAGAGUCUCCGCGUCCUGGACCAGACCAAUGUGGUGCUGAGCCUGGACGAGCGGGACGUCCUGGAGCUGGACGAGAAGCUGGCCGAGCUGCUGUUCCCCAUCACCAACUGUGAGGAGCGGUACGCCCUCCUCUGCAACAAGUCGCGGCUGGAGCGCGUCCGUGACAUUGACUGCGGUUCGAAGGUGCGCGUCCAGCUGCGCUCGGGCGAUGAACCUCUGCCCGGUGUGGUUCGCUUCAAGGGCUCGCUGCUCCCCGACAGGGCCCUCUCUGGGAUCUGGUUUGGAGUGGAGCUGCUGGAGGAGGGCCGGGGCCAGGGCUUCACGGAGGGCUCCUACCAGGGCCGACAACUUUUCCGCUGCGAGGAUGAGUGCGGCGUGUUCGUGGCCCUGGACAAGCUCGAACUGUGGGAGGAUGAUGACGUGGAAGACUUUGGCGAGCUGGAGGUGGACCACAUCAAUCUGGUGGAAGAUGACCAGGACUUCCCCCCACUGGAGAUCAACUCCAGGGUCCUGGUGCAGACCAGGGACGGGCCGGAGAGAGGCACCACCAUUUUUUGUGACCUGUUGCCGGGCAACGAGAGCCUGGGCUACUAUGUGGGAGUUGACAUGGACAAUCCUAUCGGAGACUGGGACGGUUUGUUUGGUGGGAAGUUGCUGUGUAAUUUUGCAAGUUUGGAGCACACACGACUCGUCCCCAUCUGCGACGUAAUGCCAGAAUAUUCCAUGCAGGACCAAAGGCUGCAAAAGCACAGUUUUGCUCCCAGAGGCACCAACAGUGAAAAGUCGUCCUCUGGCCAAAGCAAACCAAAGAGCAAAGGAUUAGGUCAUCAUUGUGGAAGUAGAAGCAAGUCUGAAUUUUACUAUACUUUAAAUGGCAGCUCUGUUGAUCCCCCCGCCCAGUCCAAAUCCAAAAGCACAUGGUACAUUGAUGAAGUUGGGGAGGACCCCGCCAAGUCCCUUACCGACACGCCCCCUGACUUCAACCAGUCCUCCCCGCCCUCCAGAGCCCCGCCCUCCACCUCGCUGUCCAGUGACAACAAGUUCCACUCCCUGCCCUUCAGCCUGAACAGGAAGACGGGGCCCGUUGACAACAUGAACCAUGGGCCUCUCUCCCUUUCUGUCCAGUCGGUGAUGGGAGAGCAGGCCGAGCCCCCGUCACCGGCCGCCCCUUCCUCGCCGCGUCCUUCGACGCCGCCCCGAGGCCAGCCGGGUCUGGAGGUGGGCUCUCUGGUGGAGGUGAAGGAGAACCCACCUCUGUGUGGUGUCAUCCGCUGGGUGGGUCUUCCUCCUGGCCUGCUGGAGCCUUUGGCUGGGCUGGAGCUGGAAGAAGAAUGCCCCGGUUGCACUGACGGCACCUUCAAAGGAACGCGCUACUUCACCUGCCCCCCAAAGAAGGCCCUGUUCGUUAAGCUGAAGUGCUGCCGGCCCGACUCCCGCUUCCCGUCCCUGCAUCACUCCUCCAACCCCAUCGAACGGUGCAACUCCAUCGCAUUUGGAGGGUACCUAAGUGAGGUAGUACACGAGAACACGCCUCCCCGCACAGAGAACGACGGUCUGGAUGUCAUGGUAGGAAAAAAGAAAGGCAUCCAGGGCCACUACAACUCCUGCUACCUGGAUUCAACCCUCUUCUGUCUGUUCUCCUUCAGCUCGGUACUGGACACGGUUCUGUUGAGACCACGCUCAAAGACAGAUGUGGAGUAUUACAGAGAGACCCAAGAGCUUCUACGCACAGAGAUCGUCAACCCGCUGCGCAUACAUGGUUAUGUGUGUGCUACUAAAGUGAUGAAGCUGAGGAGGAUCCUGGAGAAUGUAGAAGCUGCCUCUGGGUUUACGUCUGAAGAGAAAGAUCCGGAGGAGUUCCUUAACAUCCUUUUCCAUCACAUACUGAGGGUGGAUCCAUUGCUGAAGCUAAGGUCAGCAGGACAGAAGGUCCAGGACUGUUACUUCUACCAGAUCUUCAUGGACAAGAAGGACAAAGUGGGAGUCCCCACCAUCCAGCAGCUCCUCGAGUGGUCGUUCAUCAACAGCGACCUAAAGUUUGCAGAGGCUCCCUCCUGCCUUAUCAUCCAGAUGCCCCGCUUUGGCAAGGACUUCAAAAUGUUCAACAAGAUCUUCCCCUCACUAGAGUUGGACAUCACAGACCUUCUCGAAGACACGCCACGGGAGUGUCGGAUCUGCGGAGGCCUGGCGCUCUACGAGUGCCGAGACUGUUACGAGGACGGGGAUAUCACGGCGGGCAAGAUUAAACAGUUCUGUGAAAAGUGCAAUACACAGGUUCACCUCCACCCGAGGAGGAAAACCCACCGGCACGGCAAACUGUCCGUCCCCAAGGAGCUGCAAGACGGUACGGGGCGGCAGGGCAGUUUCCCCCGCCAGAGGAUGGAGCUGUUCGCCGUGCUGUGCAUCGAAACCAGUCACUACGUGGCCUUCGUAAAGUACGGCAGCGCAGACUCCGCCUGGCUCUUCUUUGACAGCAUGGCCGAUCGUGACGGGGGGCAGAACGGUUUCAACAUCCCGCAGGUGUCUCCCUGUCCGGAGGUGGAGGCCUACCUGAAAAUGAGCCCAGAGGAGCUGCACACCUUGGACCCCAAGAGCAUCCAGGGCCAGGCCCGACGCCUGCUGUGUGACGCGUACAUGUGCAUGUACCAGAGCUCGACCAUGAGCCUGUACAAGUAGAAAACCUCCACCAUUGUCCCUCAGCCACAAGACCCCCCCCCUCCCUCUCCCCCUCCCUCCCUCCCUCCUUGAGGAGAUUCCCAGAAAAGACCAAAAAUAAAAAACAAACUGAAAGGAGAAAGGCUGCCUGCCAGCAGGGGUGCUGUCCGGAGUUAAUCCUCUGCACCCCACCUCUCCUUAAUGCCUGCCCGUCUGCGGAGGUUGAGGAGAUGGAAGAGGGGGGGUGGGGGGUGUGGGAGUCUAUUUGCACUGUGCAUUGGUGUGUUGUUCGUGCAGGCCUGCGUAGCUUCCCUGUGUGGAUGGUGGGCGGCGGAUGACGAUGAAGGAAAGGUGGGCCUUACGAAGAUUCUCUCCCUGUUCAGAGAGGAAGUGGGAGAAGACCGGGGGGGGGGGGGGG